AUGACAAGUGACAGGACAACAACCAGUCAACAUACGGCACAGGCAAGACUAAGAACAGCUGAGAACUCUUCGACUGGAUUUUGAUCCCUUUUCAAACAUGGACGUAGUUUCUGACUCGAAGAGGAUUGUCCUAUUGGGAAAAACUGGAUCUGGCAAAAGCAGCUUGGCUAAUACCAUAUUUGGAGAGGAGAUCUUCAAGAUAAGCCAUUCGCCCACUUCUGAAACAAGUCUUUCUUGUGGAGAAACCAGGUCUGUUGAUGGCAGGAACCUCACUCUGAUUGACGCUCACAGUGUUUUUGACACAUGUGGCUCUGAAGUCCUACUUAAGGAAGAGAUAGUGAGAUGCAUCACUGAGUGUGCUCCUGGACCUCAUGGUUUUCUCAUUGUUCUUAAAGUUGAGAAAUUCACACAGCAGGAGAAAGAUGUAAUAAAAGAAAUAUGUGAACAGUUCUCCAAAGAUGCUCUGAAAUUUGCUGCUGUAGUCUUCACCUUUGGAGACCAGCUCCCAGACGGAUGGAGAAUUGAGGACUUUGUCCAGCGCAAUGAAGAACUAAGCACUCUGGUGAAAAACUGUGGAGGCAGGUGCCAUGUUGUUGACAAUAAAUACUGGAAGCGUAACACAGGAGACAAUUACAGAAACAAUCAGAUUCAAGUGGCAGAGAUACUGAGAACAAUAGACAAGAUUAGUGAGGCAAAUGGUGGAAUGUACUACACUAAUGAGAUGCUGAAAGCAGUCAAAAAGCACAUAGAGAUAGAGGAGGAAAAAAUUAGACAGUCAACCAAUCAAUCACCAAAGGCAACGAGAGACAGGGCUAAGAGUACUGUGCUUAAUGAAUUAAUGAUAAGGCUAGUGGCUACUGCAACAGGUGCGGUGUUAGGGGCCUUCCUUGGUAUGGCCAAACAUGUUAAAGCCCUCGCUGGUACUCUGGGUCUUUCUGAUGUUCCACUGCCAUCCUCAGAUGCCCACGGCAUGCAAUCAGUUCCUAAAGCCGCUCUAAGUGGAGUUCUACAGGGAGGUUUGAUGGGAUACACUGCAGCUGCAAAAGCAAAAACUGUAGGGGAUGCAUUUCAGAAAGCCACAAAAGCUGUUUUGGAUAAGAGUGCCAUUUCGAGCUUGGGUGUAAAGAAUGUAAAACAAGAGUAAAACUUCAAAAGUUAAGGGAACCCUGUGAAAAAUGUAUUAUUUUCUAUGUUGAAAUAUGCUGAACAUUGAAAGCAGUGUAAAAGAUUGAGAUUUUAGCUCACAUGAGAUUCAUCUGGCAAUAGAUUUGAUCUGUAUAGAACUUAUUACAGAAACAACCUGUAAAAAUGAUAGGAAAGUCAGCAUUCAGAUGUACGGUAAUUUACUUUUUGAUUGCUUAUUUUUGUUUGUUCUAAACACCACCCUGGAAUACUUGUUGUAACAUGAACACCUGAAGCCUUUAGGAGGAGCUAAAGGGUAUAUUAGGUUAGUAAUGGAAA